AUGAUAUUAAUGAUGAUGAUGGUACAAUGUCAAAAUGAAUUGACAUCGAUGCCAGAUUUUCCAAUCGAACCUCAACCUGGAUACUUGAUUGCAGAGAGACUAGAUCGUCCAGAUACAAAAGAGAUGACUUGUAUGUUUAACAAAUGUGGAGAUCUAGGUGAUCCUUGCGACGCCGAUAGAAAUUUAUGUGGAGCAGCUACUUAUUGUUCAAAUGGUUCAUGUGUACCAUCUAUAUUACCUGGUCUACAAUGUAACAAUUGGAACGAUUGUAAUGAGUUGGAAGGCUAUUUUUGUAUUCCCUAUCCAAAUGGUACUAAAAUAUGUUCACCUUUUAAUUAUGCUUCCAUUGGUGAGAAUUGUACUUAUGAUCAUGAAUGUUUAUUUGAAUUAAAAUGUUUAAAUGGUCAUUGUGCUUUUGAAAAAUAUGAUGAUGUGGAAUGUAUAUUUGAUUCACAAUGUCCACUCGGACAAUAUUGUGAUGAACAAAAAUGUAGAACCCUCCAAUUAAAAGAUGGAGAAUGCGAAGUAUUUAGCUUAAACUUUACAAAAUGUUUUGAUGGUGAAGGUAUUUGUCGACCUAGUUCCAAUCGUAGUAGAAUUGGUACAUGUGUAAGAAAAAUUAAUGCUGGUGAAUUAUGUCUUAGGUAUCAUUUAAAUUGUGAUAUUUCUCAUAAUGAAUUUUGCGUAAAUGUUGAUGGAUCAUUAUUUGGAAUAUGUAAAAAAAUAGAGAAAAGAAGUUAUAAAACAUGUUUCUUUCCAAAGGAUUGUUUGGAUUGGGAAUAUUGUAAAUGUGAUAGGUCGAGUUCUGUUGGAUACUGUACGACAGUUUCAGAGAGCUUGGGAAGGCAUUGUGUUCUCACAUUACUACCACUUUUGGAAUGCUACUUGAAUAGUAGUUGUGAUACAGUGUUUUCACUCAAUCCACACUCUUGUCUACAUCAACAUUGCAGACAAGAGGUGAGAUGUGUCUUGGCAUUAUGUAUCGACCCUACUUUACCUAGGGAUUCAUGCAAAGGAUAUUCAUGUGAUUUGACACAAUACAUGGAUUGGAAUAAUCUUAGACUAAUCCCAGUGGUUCAAAUAGAUUAUUAA